AGUACCCCACUACAGGACACACGCAUGAAGCUAAGCUGCCUCCAAUGAUUUGAUUUCCAUUACAUCUUCUGAUUGGUACUCUACUCCAGCAGCCCAGCCUCUGUCUGCGCGGAUCGAGCAGGAGCUCAGUGGUCCGCGGCGCUCCCCGGCCGAGCACGGACACGGCACACACGGCGAUGGCCGGCGGCCGGGAGCCUCGGCGACGGCGCGCGCUGGUGCUCCCGCUGCCGUUCCAGGGCCACAUCGACCCGAUGAUGCACCUGGCCGGCGCGCUCCACGCGCGGGGCCUCGCCGUCACAGUCCUCCACACGCGCUUCAACGCGCUGCACCCCGCGCGCCACCCGGAGUUCCGCUUCGUCGAGGUCCCCGACGGCGUGCCCGCCGACGUCGCCGCCGCGGGCCGGAUCAUCGACGUCAUCCUCGCCAUGAACGCCGCCAUGGAGGCGUCGCCCGCGCCCGUGCGGGCCGCCCUGGCGUCCGCGAUGCUCGCGGGCGGUGACGAGGAGGCCGGGGCCGCCGCGUGCCUCUUCAUCGACGGCAACCUCCUCGCCGUGCAGCGGGUCGCCGCCGGCCUCGGCCUGCCCACGCUGGUGCUGCGCACCGGGAGCGCCGCGUGCUUGCGGUGCUUCCUCGCGUACCCCAUGCUCCAUGACAAGGGAUACCUUCCUCCCCAAGAGUCAAACCUGGACACGCCGGUGCCGGAGCUGCCGCCGCUGCGGGUGAGGGACCUCUUCCUCUCGCCGGUGAGCAGCCACGACAAGGUCCGCGAGGUCCUCGCCCGGAUCACCGAGACCGUGCGCAACUCCUCGGGCGUCGUCAUCAACACGUCCGAGGCUCUGGAGGCCGCCGAGAUGGAGCGGCUUCGCGGCGACCUCGCCGGCGCCGGCCUCCCGCUGCUGCUCGCCGCCGGGCCCUUCCACAAGCUCUCCUCCCGGAGCGCCGGGAGCAGCCUGCUCGACCAGGACCGCAGCUGCAUGGCGUGGCUCGACGCCCGCGCCCCCGGCUCGGUGCUCUACGUGAGCUUCGGGAGCCUCGCCGCCAUGGAUCCCGGCGAGUUCCUGGAGGUGGCCUGGGGCCUGGCGACCAGCGGCCACCCCUUCCUGUGGGUGGUCCGCCCCAAGCUCGUCCGGGGCUGCGACGGCGCGCAGCUCCCCGACGGAUUCGAGGACGCCGUCGCCGGCAGGGGCAUGGUGAUCCGGUGGGCGCCGCAGCAGGAGGUGCUGGCCCACCCGGCGGUGGGCGGGUUCUGGACCCACUGCGGGUGGAACUCGACGCUGGAGAGCGUCGGCGAGGGGGUGCCGAUGCUCUGCCGGCCGGACGCCGUGGACCAGAUGAUGAACGCGCGGUACGUGCAGGAGGUCUGGGGCGUGGGGUUCGAGCUGGAAGGCGAGCUCGAGAGGGGGAGGGUCAGGGACGCUGUUCGGAGGUUGAUGGAGGGGGAGGGGGCUGAGAUGAGGGAGAGGGCCAAGGUGCUUGGCAGGAGAGUAGCAGACAGCUGCUUGGAGAGCUCUGGGUCUUCUCGGAUUACCAUGGACAAGCUGGUCAGCUACAUACUGUCUCUGUGAAAGUGUGAAGUGUGAACCUUCUGCUAGCUGCAUGCAUGGAUGUGUUGGGUUAAACAUUCUGGGAGGAGAUUAGUGGCUGAUAUUCUGAGGCCUAUUGGAUGCAUUUAUUCGUCGAUGAACAAUUCAUGUGUAAUUCCGAUGCUCUCUUGAUUUCUCUGGUGUAAGUUUGUCCCCUUGAUAUA